AUAUAUUCUAAAUAUCUUAAAACUAAAAAAAAAACUAAAUUUUAAAAAAUGAAAUUCUUAGCUGUAUUAUGUUUAAUUUUAAUUGCUUUUGCUUUUGCCGCUGCAAAUAAUCACGGAUGUAAUAAUCAACCAUGUGGUAAAGGUAGAAUUUGUCACACCUUAAGAGGUUUCUGUAGUUGCAUUGAAAUUCCACAAUGCAAAGAUGUUGAAUUGGUAUCUCAAGUCAAGAAUAGAUGGGAAACUGAAGGUAAAAGAUUCACCCAAUAUGAUGUUGAAAUUAGAAACAAUCUUGAUAUGGAUAUCACUCAAAUCUACAUCGGUACUGAUGCUUCAUUAUCAUUAAGAGACUAUACAUCAAUCUGGAAUGUAAACAGAUUACCAAAUGGUGAACUCACCUUACCAGGUUACCAACCAUCUGUUAACAAAAACUCAUCCUACACUUUUGGUUUCAUUAUUAACGGUGAUGUCAACCCAAGCCUUGAAAUCUUAGCUGUCACAUUCUAAAUGAUGCAAAAAAAUGACAUAAUGCUUAUGUCUUUUAGUUGCAACUUAAAAAAAAAAAAAAAAAACCUCAUAAAAAAUUUAGUAAAAUUAUAAUUUAUAAUAAAUCAUCACCAUUUUU